CUACUAACAAGCUGCAGCAGGGAUCGUAUGGAUAUGAGUGCUUUUGAAGCUAUCGUCUUUUUGGUUGGACUAUAUGCCAGCCAGGCUGCAGUCUGUCCUGCAGACUGGCGGCAAUAUGGUGAUAUUUGUUACUUCCCUAUUACGACUAGCAUGUCUUGGGAGGAAGCUAAUCAAGCAUGUUUCGCUAAGGAAGCUCAGCUGGCCCUGCCUCGAUCUCAAAUGGAACAAGACGCAAUAUGGGGAAUGCUCCAGGAGACAGUCAACGGACAGUUUCCUGAACGCAUCUGGAUCGCUUGCAGUGACUUUGAGGAAGAGGGAAACUGGCGUCCCUGCCCGCUAAGGGACGACGGCUCCAACGCUUACGAGAACUGGAGAGGAAACCAACCAGAUAACAACAACGGUGCCGACUGCGCGGCAAUGAUCCGUAGUAACGGCGGUCGAUGGGGAGACCGGCCCUGCAGAGAGCUGAAUUUCGCAGUCUGUCAACUCCCUGCAAUCCUUAUGUCCGUACCCACCGUCUGCCUUCUGAUCAACACCGACGGCCGCCCCGCCUCAGCCUGUCUGGUCGGUCACAACCUCAAGGAGAUACCGGUAACGGGUGUGGUGGAGUGCGGUAUGGCCUGCCGAUUGGAACCCCGUUGCCGCUCCUUCAAUCUGGUGAAGCAAGGCCGAGCGGGGAUGCUUUGUCAAUUGAAGAACGUGACCUGGAGUGAAGCAGACGAAAAGAGUUUCAUGAAGACCCAAGAAAAUUGUUACUUUUUCGAACUGUAGACUCAAAAGUAAUGUGGACUAUCGGGAAACGCAACCGUGGCCAGAAGAGGAAGUUUAUCAGUGGUGAUUCAGCAACUACAAUAAACUUUUAAGUCUAUACACCUUCGGAAAGUGCGUGCCCUACAACAGCAUGUAAAAAGCCACUAACAAAUCAAUAUUCGCCAUUUUCAGGUACCAUGUUAUUAGUGCUUUUCUUUCAAGUGUCUGCUAUCAAUUACUGGGCGACUGUAUCGUUUGCUUGUCCCCUCCAGUCAUUUGAAAAUAAAGGGGUCGUGUAUGAGUGGCAGAAUAUCUUGGCUAACCGGAGACGUGGGAGCAGUCAACAUGACCAAUCUUGCCUUAAUUACGCAUCUCCUCUUUAAAACUCCCUAUGCAUAUUUAUAGUGAGAUGUAAAGUGCAAGGCAGAAAUGCUUCAAGGCUCGAUUAACUUGAGUUCAU